AUUUGACAUUCAUCUGAUCUCCGUCUAAGUAUUCACCAUUUUAUGAUGCAGUCAGCUGGUUUUCUUCUGUUGUGUGUGCCACUCAUUAGUCUACUCUGUGAAUCGAUAUUGUCAUUGCCUACAGGUAAAACCCCUACAGGAGAAUUUCCAGAGUCGGUCACUGCAAGAAGCUGCAGAGAACUUUUGAAGAAAUAUGGACAUAAAAAAGACGGCUUGUACUACUUGCGCUCUAAAGACAAUGAGGUUUACCAAACAUACUGCGACAUGAGCACCAACGGUGGAGGCUGGACGCUGGUGGCCAGUGUGCAUGAGAACAACAUCCACGGCUCGUGCACUGUUGGAGACCGCUGGACAAGUCAGCAAGGAAGCAGUUCAUAUCAUCCUGCGGGAGACGGAUCAUGGUCUAACAAAGUCCUGUUUGGAACAGCAGAAGCUGCAACAAAUGACGACUACAAGAACCCUGGAUAUUAUGACAUCAAAGCAAAAGACAUUGCUGUGUGGCAUGUUCACAAUGAUAAUGAACUUGAGUUCUGGAAAGUUGCUUCGGUUUUGCGCUACCACACUAAUAGCAACUUUCUGACACCUUUCGGAGGAAACCUUUAUCACUUCUUCAAGAAAUACCAUUUACAAUAUGGCAUAGGUACAUGCAACGAUAGAGGGAUAUCUGUUCCUAUUGUUUAUGAUAUUGGCAGCGAUAUGAGGGUUAACGAACUGUAUGGAGAAUCUGUUAGAGCCGAUUUUGACACUGGAUAUGUGACGUUCAGAGUUUUCAACAAUUACCAAGAAGCAUAUGCAAUGUGUUCUGGGGUCAGACCAAAGGGAUGUUAUGCACAAUAUUAUUGCAUUGGUGGUGGUGGCUACUUUCCAAACACUUUCUGUAGUGAUUUUGCCUACUUGAAUGCGAAUAAUGGUGCCACAAAUGGAUACGGUGCAUCUAAAGAGAUCAUAAAUGCGGCUGUAUUUAUUUUCUACCGCUAAAAUGCAUAAAAAAGGGGGGAAAUGUCAUGCAUGUUCCAGCAAGUGUAUUUCUUCUUGCAACAUAAUCGGAAUUCAGCAUUUAUAGACACACACACAUAUACACAGCUUUAUUUUCUCUUUAAUGCGGUGGUUUUGUGCGCUACCCCACUGCUGUGAAAAUCACCUUAAAGGAUUAAGCAAGCACAUAAGAUCAAAAAACCAUCAUUAUGCUUGUGUAUUGAUAAAAUGCAAAUAAUAAAGUGUGAUUUGCAGCAA